UGCGACCUGCACAACUUCAUGCUUCAUACUUCAUGGACGUGUCGAUCUCAGUUCUCCCAACCACCGGGCCCUCCAACAAAUGUGCGCUAUCACUCUCUGCGGACAUAGUAAACGUAGCAAGACGUGACCCCCAGAACAAGCAGCUGGACUUUGUUGGGCCAGACAGUGACCCACGGACCGCCGGCAAUCGAUUAGCCACGACACUCCAAGAACUUGAUCCCCAACCUCGCAAGCAAUUUCCCUGGCAACCUGGCCGUGCGUUUCAUUCGCAUUGGUGCCGUCGUCAUUCCAACCCGCGGACCUGAUUACGGAAAAUUCGGGAACGCGAAGGCGAAAUGGCGGACUUGUCCUUCGCAGAAACCCUCGAGGACCUCUCGUCACGGUUCAUCGUCAACUUGCCUGCCGAAGAGCUUUCAAGCAUCGAGCGAAUAUGUUUUCAGUGCGAGCAAGCGCACUGGUUCUACGAAGAUUUUUUGCGACCACUCAACCCAUCCUUACCCUCCUUGAAGCUCCGAAAAUUCUCCAUUUACCUUCUUCACACGUCCUCACUGACGGUGCCGCUGAUUCGUCAGCAUAUUUCUGGGCACAAGGGAGAACAUGACUUGGAAGGCGCAUUCGAUAACUUCCUCAAGUACAAGUCUCGGGUCCCGGUGUGCGGAGCGAUCUUGAUCACAGCAAAAUGGGACAAGUGUCUACUAGUACGAGGCUGGAAAUCAACAUCAUGGGGUUUUCCAAAGGGCAAGAUCAACCAAGGGGAAUCGGAACGCGACUGUGCGGUGCGAGAAGUGUUUGAAGAGACAGGGUACGAUUGUGGAGCAUUACUGGAAUCCGACAGCCCGGACUUUCUCGAGCUCGCCAUGCGCGAACAGAAAAUCCGCCUCUACGUUGUACCAGGCGUCGCAGAGGACUUUGAAUUCAAGACACAGACACGAAAGGAAAUAUCCAAGAUUCAGUGGUUCAAAUUGACUGACCUCCCAACUUGGAAGUCGUCUGGCGCACAUGGCGGCGGUGUGUCCUCGAGCAAAUUUUAUUUGAUCUCGCCAUUCGUACGCGGCCUCAAAACAUGGAUCCAAGAAAAUAAGCAGAAGCACCCGCGCAGGCCGAAGGGCAAGCACGAGGAACGCGUCGUGACGGAAAUUUUGCAAAAGGGCCAGAAGAGCAGCAGUCUACCGCCCCCUGCAGAGAUGUCUCAUUUUCCUGACGCAGGCAGCCUCUUUCCAACAUUUACGGCUGAGAAGCAGAAUGCAAAUACAGGCGUACUAGCACGGAAUGGGCCGCUGCCUACACAGCAGCACGCUUCGGCGUCGGCGCCGUCACAAGACGGCGACGCUUCGGACAUGCUCAAGUCGAUACUUGGAUUGGGUGCCAUCCCAGCCGUGACAGAGUCUGCGGUAAGGAUUCCUCUACGAAAAGAUCAUCCGGCGACACCGGGCGUAGGUGCUCACAUGAUCGAAGCGCAAGGAAUUCCACGCGGACGACAACUGCUGGAACUAUUGCGAGGUGCUGUUCCGCAGGCCUCUGACUCGCCAUCAGCUGUUGCGAAUCGCCCACAUGCGCAUUUUCAAUCUGCGGCGGCAGCAGAGCAGGAGGACGGAGCGCGAGCACUCCUUGCCGCGCUGCACGCGGGCGCAGGCAACGCCGGGCCGCUGUCUCUGCCAGCGCAAAGCAACCGGUCCCAAGAGCAACAGCCGCAAGGGCGAAGGCAAGAUGCAGAUGCGCGCCACGAAUUUCCUCCAAGAUUGCCACAGCCUGCAGACUCGCCUUUGUUAGCUCCAAAAGCGCAGAAGACGACACAGGCACAGGCGCUUCUCAAACUCAUUUCGCCCACAAAGGUCGAGUUGGACAUUCCAGCCACAGCUCACUCUCAAGUGCAGCUUCACACCUCGUCCCAAGCAAGCGCCCAUGAAGCAAGCCAAUGUCCAGCAGAGCGCGAACGAGCAGCCCAGCGCAAUUUACUCCUCUCUCAACUGAUAGGCUCGACAGUGCAACAGCCUGCCGCUCCUGCUCGAGCCUCGCCACCGCGGCAAUAUGGCUACCCUUCCCAACAUCAUCACCAAUCAACCCAUUCCAACCAAGCAUCCCCCAUUGGGCAGUCUGACGACCCCUCUCAAGGAUUACAAAGCCACGAGCAAGGAUUGCUCAGUUUGCUUUCAAGUUCUUCCAGGCUGCAUCAGCAGCCGCUGUCUCCACAGGAUUUGAACGAUGGCCAAGCAUCAAUUGUGCACCAAGCACCACCGCCUCAGCAUCCGUAUCCACAUCAUUUGUAUCCGCAACAGCAGCACACUGGCUCGGAUACGAAUCCAUCGCAAGGGCUGCUGGCAAUCCUUCAGGGCCGCGCAGCAGCUGGGGCACAUUCUCCAGACCCCAUGCAUAUGCCACCUCCCUUGCAACAGCAACAGCAUCCUCUGAUGCCCCCUAGCCAGCCCCAGCGCCCUGAUGUGCUACUGGCGAUGCUAAAUGGGAACGGCGCCGGCUACUCAGCAUCUGGCCCGGGUGCCCACCAUCCGGCACCAGCACCCGCAGCUCGGCCUGAGCAGAAUCAGCAGAGUGAUGUGCGUAAUCAUAUACAACAAGCGCAUGCUCACAACUAUCUUCUGCUUCCCGGACAAUGACCACCCAUGGCGUCUGCUCAGCAUCCGAUCAACGCUCUGUUGCAAGACGUAUCCAUACAAUGAGCCUCUAGGCAGUUUCAUGUAUCUGAUCUGAUAUGCACCACCUAUGGAUGUAAAUCCAUGCCAUUAUGAUAA